UACCGGGGCGCCGCCGCCGCCGCCACUGUUCAUGUGCACCGGGCGCGCCGGAGGAGAAGGCCCCGCGCCGUCCGCAGCAUGACCAACCUCGACCCGCUGCUCCGAACUGGCAGCCAGAGAGGAAGGACAAACGACUGGUCUGCUAGUCUCAUCGUUGCUUCUCUGGCCGGGGCCUUUGGAUCCUCCUUCCUGUACGGCUACAACCUUUCGGUAGUGAAUGCUCCAACUGUGUUUGUAAAGAAGUUUUACAAUGAAACUUGGGAAAGAAGAUAUAACCAAUCCAUGCCAGAAGAAACAAUUACCCUGCUCUGGACUAUAUCUGUUUCUAUUUUUGCCAUUGGUGGGCUUGUGGGGGCUUUAAUUGUUACUCCAGCUGUCAAGUAUUUUGGCCGGAAGCGUACACUGCUGCUAAAUAAUGUGUUUGCCAUUGUGGCUGCGUUGUUGAUGGCAUUCUCUCAACUGGCAGGAGUCCUCGAAAUGAUUAUUCUGGGCCGGUUCAUAAUGGGCAUUGAUGGAGGUGUAUCUCUGAGUGCCCUCCCUAUGUAUUUGAGUGAAAUUUCACCCAAACAGAUCCGUGGUUCGUUAGGACAGAUUACAGCAAUCCUCAUCUGCGUCGGUGUCUUCAGUGGGCAAGUUUUAGGACUACCUGAGAUAUUUGGGAAGGAAUCCAUGUGGCCCUAUUUAUUUGGGAUGAUAAUUGUCCCAUCACUUAUCCAAAUGGCAGUCUUGCCUUUUCUUCCGGAAAGUCCUCGCUUUUUGCUGCUUGAAAGACACGACACAAAAGCAGCAGAAAAAGCAUUUCAGACCUUUCUUGGCAAAUCUGAUGUGUCGUAUGAAGUGGAAGACGUUUUGGAAGAGAGUCGAGUGCAGAGAAACACGCAGAUAGCAUCUAUCUUUCAGCUUUUGUGUGACAGCAGCAAGCGAUGGCAGAUCCUCACCGUAAUUGUAACCAUGGCCUGCUACCAGCUCUGUGGUCUUAAUGCUAUUUGGUUCUACACAAAUGACAUUUUCAAGGGAGCUGGACUAAGUCCAGAAAUAAUCCCAUAUGUUACUUUAAGCACAGGAGGGAUUGAGAUUUUGGCUGCCAUUUUCUCCGGCCUAGUGAUAGAACGACUCGGACGCAGACCUCUUCUGAUUGGGGGCUUUGCUUUGAUGGUCCUCUUCUUUGUAAUACUCACUGUGUGUAUGACUUUACAGGAUGAAGCAGUCUGGCUUCGAUACCUCAGUAUAGUCUGCAUUCUUGCAAUAAUUGCAUCAUUUUGUAUUGGACCAGGUGGGAUCCCAUUUGUCCUUACGGGAGAGUUCUUUGCUCAGUCUCAAAGGCCCGCUGCGUUCAUGAUUGCUGGGAUAACAAAUUGGCUCUGUAACUUUGCUGUUGGACUUCUUUUCCCUUACAUUCAGAAAGGCUUGCAGACAUACUGUUUCCUGGUGUUUGCUGUCGUCUGUCUCUCUGGUGCCACGUUCCUUUUCUUUGUUCUGCCUGAAACAAAAAACAAGACUCUUGCUGAAAUCAACCAGUCAUUUGCCAGGAAGAAGGUGCCUUUAGAAAUCCGUGAAAUGGAUCAGUUUGAAGCCAAGAGCAAAUCAAUGCAAGAACAAGAACACAACCUGUCUUCUACACUGGAAAAUGGAGAAUCCAAAAACAGGAUAGUCUAAAAUUGUGUUUAAUAGGAAUAUUUUUGCAUCUUACAUAUUGAUAACCACAAUCAUUCCUCCAGCCUAGACAAUUUUUUAAUCUGUGGUCAUAACCAGGGUUGAUCUGUGGUACAGGAGAUGGCAAAGUAUAAUGCAAAAUUAGAGGAGGGUUGCUCAAGGAAGU